AUGGCUAGGAGACCGACAAAAGUACAGUCUGAGGAGAAAUCUUUUCAAAAUGCGGCUAAGAAGAGGACGCACGAAGAACAAAAUGAGAGUUCUGAUGAAGAAUUUGAGUUGAAUGGAAAAAUCAAUCCAGAUGAUAGUGAUGACGAGAGUGCAUCAGAACCAGAAGCAGGAGAACCUUCUGAAGAGGAUUCUGAAGCAGAGUUGAAUGCAAUGCUAGAACAAGAAGAAGGUGAAGCAAGUGAGGGAGAAAGUGACAGUGAUUUAUCGUUUUCUGACGAAGAUGAUACAAAGUCGCUGACUGAUCGUUUAUCUGAUGUCAAACUUCGUACAUUAUCAAGCGAAUCGUUGAAAAAACUUGACGAGGUUCAUACCACCUUUGUAGACGGUAGGCCAAGGAUCAUCAAACCCGAAAUCGAGCCUGUUUAUGAUUCCGAUGAUUCUGAUCAAGAAGAAUUUAAUACAAUUGGAAAUAUUCCGUUGAGUGCUUAUGAGGAAUAUCCACACAUUGGUUAUGAUAUUAACGGUAAGAGGAUCAUGAGGCCUGCAAAGGGCUCUGCUCUUGACCAGCUGUUGGAAAACAUCGAUCUACCAGAAGGUUGGACCGGUUUGCUCGAUAAGAACUCUGGUUCUGCGUUAAACAUCAGUGAAGAAGAAUUGGAGUUGAUUCGUAAGAUUGAGAAAAAUGAGAAUACAGAUGAAAGCAUAAACAUGUAUGAGCCAACAAUUGAAUGGUUCACGUCAAAGACCGAAAUAAUGCCGUUAAGUGCAGCACCAGAACCAAAGAGUAGAUUUACACCUUCCAAGCAUGAAGCUAGAAGAAUCAUGAAGAUUGUGAAGGCGAUCAGAGAAGGAAAGAUCAUUCCACCAGAUCAAAGGAAAAAAAUACAAGAAGAGGAAGAAGAAAACCAUUAUGAUUUAUGGGAAGGUGUUGAUGAUGAAAUUACAAAAGAUCAUAUUAUGACUUUAAGAGCACCUAAAUUACCUCCUCCAACGAAUGAAGAAUCAUACAAUCCACCUGAGGAGUAUUUACUCACGCCAGAAGAACAAAAGCAGUGGGAGGAAAUGGAUCCAUCUGAACGUGAACGUAACUUUAUCCCCCAAAAAUAUGGUUCAUUAAGAAAAGUUCCUGGCUAUGGGGAAAAUAUUCGUGAACGGUUCGAGAGAUGCCUAGAUUUGUACCUUGCACCAAGAGUUCGUAAGAAUAAACUGAAUAUCGAUCCGGAAUCCCUUGUUCCUGAGUUACCAUCUCCUAAGGAUUUGAGACCAUUCCCUAUCAGAACAUCCACCACAUAUGAAGGUCAUGAGGGUAAGAUUCGUACAUUAUCAGUCGAUCCAACUGGUAACUGGUUAGCAACAGGUUCUGAUGAUGGUACUGUUCGUAUUUGGGAAGUUUUGACAGGUAGGCAAGUUCACAAAUUUAAUAUUAUCGACACGGAAGAAAACAGUGAAGAUCAUAUCGAAUCAGUUCAGUGGAACCCAGAUCCAGAUUGCGGUAUUUUGGCAAUUGCAGCUGGUGAAAACAUCUAUAUUUGUAUUCCACCGAUCUUUGGCUAUGAAAUUGAAAAUGAAGGGCACACAAGAAUUGAGGAUGGUUUUGGUUUUGCGAAAAUGAAGAACAACUCUAGUGAUAUGAAAGGUGUGGCUUCUGAUAAUGAGGAGGAAGAAAGAGACGAAGAAGGUGGUGCUAACCAAACUGAAAAUGAUAAGAAGAAUGCAGCUGAAUGGUUCAAGCCUACCAAGGCGCAACUUGAAAAUGGUAUUUCAUUGGUUAUCACAACCAGUAGAGGUUCAUCAGCUUGUACGAUUAAGAAGUUAAACUGGCAUCGCCGUGGUGAUUACUUAUUGUCGGUUGCACCUGACGGAGGUAACAAGGCGAGUAUUCUAAUCCAUCAACUGUCCAAGCAUGCGUCACAAUCACCUUUUUCCAAAAGUAGAGGUAUUCUAAUGGAUGCAAAAUUCCACCCGACAAAACCAAUUUUAAUAGUAAUGUCACAAAGGUAUAUCAGAAUUUACAAUCUACAACUUCAACAAUUGGUCAAGAAGUUACUACCAGGUGCAAGGUGGUUGUCUUGUUUGGACAUCCAUCCAAGAGGUGGUGACCAUCUGAUUGCCGGUUCUUAUGAUAAGAGAGUCUUAUGGCAUGACUUAGAUUUGGCUGCAACACCAUAUAAAACAUUAAGAUAUCAUGAAAAGGCGGUUAGGUCUGUUGCAUUCCACAAGGGAACGUUGCCAUUAUUCUGUUCUGCUUCUGAUGAUGGGGCAAUUCAUGUCUUCCAUGCCACCGUUUAUGAUGAUUUAAUCACAAAUCCGCUACUGGUUCCUUUAAAGAAGUUAGAAGGACAUAAAGUUGUUAACUCUCUAGGUGUUUUAGAUGUUUGUUGGCAUCCACGGGAAGCAUGGUUGUUCUCUGCUGGGGCGGACCAUGUUGCUAGAUUGUGGACAACUUAA